AUGGAAGCAAAACAAGCUGAGGCACCACCGGAACUUCUCAACGUAGCUAAAUACUUGAGAUCUACAUCAAAAAACCGACAGGGUAUUUUAAACGGAAAGAGAGUGGAUUAUUUUAAAGGAAAAUCUGCUAUUAAAGCCCUUCAAAAAGAAUCUUAUAAAAAAUUAAAGAAUGUUCCAAAAAUUACCAAUGACGCUGAGGCAUCUCGUGUUCUUGGUGAUGUGUUGGCUCAUGCUUUUUAUUUACGUGUUGAGCGUGUUGGAAGUGAAAGUGGCGCUCGUAAUAAACCUUUAUCCGUAACGUCAGUACAGCAAUGGAACGAUGACCAAUAUUAUGCAUGGUUUUAUGAAGGAUCACAAUUGAUGAAUUAUUUGGGUGGAUUAGGGUUAAUAGGAAUCGUUUUUGCGGCAGUAUUGUUUCCUCUUUGGCCGCCUAUAUUACGAGAUAUUGUUUGGUACAUAUCAGUAGCUAUAUUAUGUCUCUUUGGAGUUUUUAUGAUCCUUGCAGUGGUCAGACUUGUGCUGUUCAUUGUCACAAUGAUAAUCGUACCUCCUGGCAUAUGGCUAUUUCCUAACUUAUUUGCGGAUGUUGGCCCUAUUGAAAUUGAAGAUGGAGAUGAUGAGGAUAUAUAUGACGAUGAAAAGAAAGACAAUUAG